AUGGCCGCGAACUGCGCGGGGGCCGCGGGGACGGCGGCGGGAGCCGUGGCCGCGGUGGGCUCGGCCCUCAGCGCCAGCAAAACCAAGACCAAGAAGAAACACUUCGUGUGCCAGAAGGUGAAGCUGUUCCGGGCCUCGGAGCCGCUGCUCAGCGUCCUUAUGUGGGGGGCGAACCACACGAUCAAUGAGCUCAGCAAUGUUCCCGUCCCUGUCAUGUUAAUGCCCGAUGACUUUAAAGCCUACAGUAAGAUUAAGGUGGACAAUCAUCUAUUCAACAAGGAGAACCUGCCCAGCCGCUUCAAAUUCAAGGAGUAUUGUCCCCUGGUGUUCCGCAACCUCCGCGAGAGAUUCGGCAUCGACGACCAGGACUACCAGAACUCGGUGACACGCAGCGCCCCGGUGAACAGCGACAGCCAGGGCCGCUGCGGCGCGCGCUUCCUCACCACCUACGACAGGAGGUUCGUCAUCAAGGCCGUGUCCAGCGAGGACGUGGCGGAGAUGCACAACAUCCUCAAGAAAUACCACCAGUUCAUCGUGGAGUGCCAUGGGAACACGCUGCUGCCGCAGUUCCUGGGCAUGUACCGCCUGACGGUGGACGGCGUGGAGACCUACAUGGUGGUCACCAGGAACGUCUUCAGCCACAGGCUGACCGUGCACAGGAAGUACGACCUGAAGGGCUCAACAGUAUCCAGGGAAGCAAGUGACAAAGAGAAGGCCAAGGAUCUCCCAACCUUCAAGGACAACGACUUCUUGAACGAGGGGCAGAAGCUGCACGUUGGAGAAGAGAGUAAAAAGAACUUCCUUGAAAAGCUGAAGAGAGAUGUGGAGGUGAUUUCCUGUGGGGGACAGCUCUGCUGUGUGUCCUGUCACUGCAGGGCUGCAGCAGUGACUGCAGGGCUCCUUCCUGCACCAGGAUCCUGCAGGGCUGCAGCAGAGACUGCAGGGCUCCUUCCUGCACCAGCCAGGAUCCUGCAGGGCUGUGCCCCCAGGAAGGAGGUUUAUUUCAUGGCCAUCAUCGACAUCCUCACGCCCUACGACACCAAGAAGAAAGCUGCACACGCUGCCAAGACCGUGAAACACGGGGCGGGGGCCGAGAUCUCCACGGUGAAUCCCGAGCAGUACUCGAAGCGUUUCAACGAGUUCAUCUCCAGCAUCCUGACAUAG